CGUCACCAAAGGAAAAACUGAGCAAGAGCGAACAACUGCGCUUCGGAUGACACCCUAGCUGGAGAGCAAGGAUCAACAUAAUAAAGCACCGAAAACUAAAACAACCGCAGGGCAGACGAUCUCACUGUGCCAUUUGGAGAUGCUCGCAGUGCAUGCAUAAAAGCAAGAAUGAAGCGCAAAAGCGAAAAGAGGCGACCUGAGUCGAUGAAAAAGCGCCGUGCAGCUCAGAGAGAGGAGGCGGAGCUAAAGUCAGAUAAUCACAUUAGUGUAUCAGAUCAACUGUAUUUCGCAGUACUGCAGCAGAAGAUAAAAAGCACAGCUGACAGACAUUGCUUCUGCAUAGAUGAUGAAUUGUCAUAUGAAAACUUCUAUGCAGACUUUGGCCCGCUCAACCUGGCCAUGUUUUAUCACUUCUGUUGCAAGCUCACUAAAAAGCUCAAGUCAUGCACACUAGCGAAGAAGAAGAUAGUCUUCUACACCUGUGGAGAUCAAAAGAAACAAGCCAACGCUGCUUAUCUUAUUGGUUCAUAUGCAGUGAUGCAUCUUCAGAAGACGCCAGAGGAAGCCUACAGUCUACUGGUGUCCAGGAACUCUACCUACUUACCCUUCAGAGAUGCCUCUUUUGGAACCUGCAUGUACAAUCUGAACAUUCUAGAUUGCCUGUGCGCCGUAUACAAGGCUUUGCAGUUUGGCUGGCUUGAUUUCUCCCAGUUUGAUGUGGAGGAAUACGAACAUUACGAGAGAGCAGAAAAUGGAGAUUUCAACUGGAUAAUUCCUGGAAAAUUCCUAGCGUUCAGCGGUCCUCAUCCAAAAAGCAAAAUGGAGAACGGUUACCCUCUUCAUGCCCCCGAGGCCUACUUUCCUUACUUCACGAAACACAAUAUCACAACCAUCGUCCGUCUCAACAAGAAGAUGUAUGACGCAAAGCGUUUCACCGACAUGGGCUUCGAGCACCACGACCUCUUCUUCGUGGACGGGAGCACGCCAAACGACUCCAUCGUCAGGAAGUUCCUCAACAUCUGUGAGAACGCAGACGGAGCUAUCGCUGUUCACUGCAAAGCUGGUCUGGGUCGAACAGGCACCCUGAUAGGCUGCUACAUGAUGAAGCACUACCGCCUGACUGCGGCUGAGGCCAUCGCCUGGAUGCGUAUCUGCCGGCCCGGAUCAGUCAUCGGACCACAACAAAACUUUGUGGAAGAUAAGCAGAGCAGUCUGUGGUCCGAGGGCGACGUGUUCCGGGAGAAAAUGAACGAGCAGGAAAACGGCAAGCUGGCGGUCACCAGGAUCCUGUCGGGGGUUGAUGACAUCACCAUCAACGGCAGCAACAAGAACAAGAUGUCCAAGAAAGAAGAGGCGGAACUAUAUAAUGACGAUGAGGAGAUGAACGGCAUCACGCAGGGUGAUAAACUGCGAGCCCUGAAAAGCAAGAGACAGGCCAGAGCAUCCACAGGCUCCCUAUCGCAGGCGGUAGUAUACUGCUGGAGCCUCUUAGGCACCGUGUGGCCAGAAUGCUGUCUGGAUUGUCUGCCUUUCAAAAUGUAGCAGAGAGAGCAAGACAGAGAGGGGGGAAAAAACUGAGAGAAAAACUGAGAGAGGAAGUGAGGUUUUGUAUCAUGGAGGUAAGUGCAUGUCACUUCUUGUCUGACUAGCUUCCUCUUCCUGUUUAAAUGGUCGCCAUGCCAAUGGAUGUAUGGCUUUUGAGUGACUGCGGUACGAUAAGGUAUCCUGUGGGUGGAUAAUGUGAUGAAUGAUUUUGGUCACCUGCUCGGGCACGUGCUGCUUUGAUAUGCACAGGCUAGCAAGGGUGAGAACUGGGAAUCUCCAGUAGACAGGGAUUCCCAAGGACUGCUCAUACUAUUGAUUGAGACAGCUGCUCAACAGAAUGUGGUUUCUCCAUCGUCACGGAUACAGCGAUAUGCUCUGAGAUUGGCCGUUCAUGGAAGCCCAAACCUUGCCCUCCUAUUAUUUAACUCCAGCAUAGUCUAGCUACCAUUUAGUUUUUCUCUGUGAAAGGGACUGAAAUGGAUAAUGCAACAUUGACUGUGGGCACGUGUGAUCUAUUUUUACCUCCUAUGCAUGACAACAACAAAAAAGCAUGAUUUAACCUUUUGAACAUGCAUGGCCUCUGUAUUGUACCUAAUAUGUUGUAAGUGUUGGGCCAGGUUGAAUGUAAAAUGGCUGUUCUUUUUCCAUUGUGUUAGUGACUGGGUCAGUGCCUGCCCACUGUCCAAGCCUUGCUUCUUCCUGCCUAAAAAUCCUCUUCUCUACUGAACCAAACCCACAUUUAUCUUGCAAGAAUCCCUCAUUGACUCUUGUCGUAGUAAGGGUCCAAUCACCAUAGGCCACUUUCAUCAGCCUAUUGUAUUCAUGUCUUGAGAAUGAUUAUUGCUAAUUAUUUUCAUGAAAGUCUCAGUUUCUUUCCGCCAGUAUCUUCCACGGGCACAGUUAGACUCAGAUUAUGUUCUAGAUUCCAGAGUGUAUCCUCCACAUGAUUGUCAAAUGCCCUGGGUGUUCACUGUGAGAACACUCGUCGAGACGACAUUUGGGCUUCUGGACUAAGAGGUGUAUAAGCCAAGUUAUUUUUAGGUGAUGUAUUUACACAGUCAAACCCACAUUGUGUGAAGCUUUUCUUCAGUUGUCUAGGCCUGUGGAGGUGCCUUUGUUCUUGCAGCGUGUCCUUGAUUGCCUUCUCCAUUGAAGUCAGUCUUUUAGAGUAAACUGGAAGCAAGCUUUGGUGUUUCCUUACUGAUUCUCAAUGUUGAACCAUACUUAGGCCUAUAACUGCGCAAACAACGGAGAUGGUAGACUCUGAAAUGCGCCACUAGACCACCAUUUGGGAAACAGUUUUAGCAUGCUGCGGAAAACAAGUUGUGUAAAAUCAAUGCAAGAACUUGGGAGGUGGUGAGACUUGAAUUGGUGAACUUAGCAGGUACCUUUUCUGCUAUGGUGAAAAGACUACUUUACUUUUUAUUUUAUAGCCUGGGUGCCUAACUGUUUCAGCAUUUAAUAAUGCCACUUUGCUGCCUUGUCAAUCAAGAUAACAACCAGUUGGCUGAAGUGGAAAGGGUCUGGCGCCCAGGCUACAGGCUAGUGGAUAUGUACAGUAGGACUCAGGACGGGGCGUUGCUGUUGGCUAUGCCUGACCCAGUUCCAGUGGAAAAAAGAACGAGUGAGAUUCUCUCCUCUGGAUGUCUCUCUGGCUAUCCUUCUUUCUGUCAUGUUUUUGUUUCUGUUCUGUUUGGAUGUUUUCCCCCUCCUCCUUUAGAUGGUUGAUAGCCAUGCUGCUCUCGUCCCUGUGUAGCCUUGCCCUGUGGUGGAUUGUGUAUGGCUUCCCUUCUUCCAUCCUGCAUUUCUGUAU